CCGGAGCGCGGCACAGACACAGCAACACGACUGCCAAGGAAAGCGUAGUACGGCAAGAAGGGCAUUCAGUGCUUUUUAACAUAGGUCAAAACUUAACACACUACUAUUAAUACGGCACAGCUAACAGGUGGAAGCCGUGGGGAUCUCAAGGAUCGGGUUUUGUAGGGACCAACGUAAUCGCUAGCGAUAUCGUUAGGUGGAUUUCCCUGAUUCCGAACCAUGGGAACACAAAAAAGCCUUAUUGAUUAGGACAAGCUAGCAAUUGCGUUAGCCAGCUAGGUAGCUAGCUAGCCAAGCCGCUGGUGCUACUAUCACAGCUAGCCAACGUUAGCCACCACCUUGCCUGAGGUUGAAUAUACUGGGCAGCUGGUUGGGAAGAACCGACGGAUUUUACGGAUCCCUCCUGCACGUUAAGCAAUGUUUCUGUGAAAAAUCAAGGUAGCUAGCUAGUGAGCUAGCUAGCUACGCCCGCUGAGGAAUUGUACCUGUUCAAUUAUUGGGGUCUUUCGUGAUUUUUAAUGUUUUUUUAGUAUUUGUGUUUUUUUCCUGUCCAAGGCUCUGGAAUUUAUCCCCUUGUACUUUAUACAGCUAUAACGUUAGCGAAGUCACCCACCAAUAUCUAGUUACAAAGAAAUCGGUGUUUUGUCGUUGGUGGACGUGGAAAAUGGAUGCGGGUAUUGAAAAGGAGUGCAGCGCUUUAGGAGGGCUCUUCCAGAUCAUCAUGAACGACAUGAAGGCCAGCUAUCCAGCCUGGGAAGACUUCGUGACCAAAGGAGUGAAGCUGCAGUCGCAGUUAAGGACCACCAUCAUUGUCACCAGCUCUUUCCUGGAUGCCUUCCAGAAGGUGGCUGAUAUGGCAACAGGAACCAGAGGUGCAACGAAAGAGAUCGGGUCGGCCCUCACCAGAAUGUGCAUGAGACACCGAAGCAUCGAGUCCAAACUAAAGCUCUUCACCACGGCGCUGACGGAGAGCCUGAUCAAUCCGCUGGAGCAGAAGAUCGAAGAAUGGAAGAAGGUGGCCAGUCAGCUGGACAAGGACCACGCCAAAGAAUACAAGAAGGCCCGUGCGGACAUCAAGAAGAAAUCCUCAGACACCAUCAAGCUGCAGAAGAAAGUGAAGAAAGGGAAGGACGAGGUGCGUGUACAGCUGGACAGCGCCCUUCAGGACGUGAACGUGAAGUACGCCGUGCUGGAGGAGACGGAGAAGCGGGCAGUGUGCCGGGCGCUCGUCGAGGAGAGGGGCCGCUUCUGCUCCUUCGUCAGCAUGCUGCGGCCCGUGCUGGAUGAAGAGAUCGGCAUGCUGGGAGAAGUGACGCACCUACAGACCAUCUUGGAGGACCUCGGCAACCUUACGGCAGAGCCCAACAAGCUUCCUCCUGCUAGUGAGCAGGUGAUCCUGGAUCUGAAGGGUUCAGACUACAGCUACAGCUAUCAGACACCCCCUGCCUCCCCCAGCAACACACUGUCCCGCAAGAGCAGCAUCAGCAGUAAUUACCAGUCUACCUCAGUGCGGCACGUGCCAUCCCUGGACUCCAUCUCGAGUGCCGUGGAUGGGAUCCACCUCCGCCCCCCUUCCACCCACAUCCCGGACCCAGCGCAGCGCUCCCCCAGUCCACUGCUCCGCUGCGAGGUCUGGGAGGGGGCCCGCUCUCUGAGCGAGGGGAACUCGCCCACCGCCGCCCGCUCCGGCCCUGCCCACGCCCACGGGCUCAGGAACACUGAGCAGGGCAUGACGAACAGCCUACCCCCCAGGCCAGGACAGAGCGCCCCAGGCACUGAGAACGGCACAGCCAUGCCGCCCCCUCACAACGCCUACACCCACCACGGAGAGAGAGCCAGGGCCAUGUCCACCUCCAGCAAGCCCCAGACAGCGCGGGAGCAGCUGGCUCUCACCCUGGGCGGGGGGCUGAAUUCGGACGCCCCCCGCACCAGCCGCGACUCGCUGCACUGCUCCAGCGGCUACAGCACGCAGACCACCACGCCCUCCUGCUCCGAGGACACCAUCCCCUCCCACGCUGUAAAGAAAGAACCUCCUCUUUAUGACUACGACUACAUCUCCCUGCACGGGGGCGAGGAGGUGGUGCACGACCAGCCGGACUUCGACAAGUCCUCCACCAUCCCCCGCAACAGCGACCUCAGCCUCAACUACCGCAAGAUGUUCCAGAGCAAGCGCCCGGCCUCCACCGUCAGCCUGCUGGCCGACCCCGAGCCGCUGCUGCGCACGCCGCACGUGGCCACCAUCCGCCGCAAGCCCUCCAGCAAGCCCAACUUCCGGCGGGGCACCAUCAGCGGCGGGGUGCCCAUCCCCAUCAGCACCCCGCAGGUGCCCCUCAGGGCGCCCGCGCCCGGCCUGGGCGGCAGCGACGAGGCGGUGUGCCCCCCCCUGGCGGCGGCCGGGGGGGCCGGGGGCGGGCGCUCGGAUCUGGCGCACCACAGGAACGCCCUGUGCGCCUCUACCCAAAGCCUGAGCGCCAUGCCCUCGCCCUACUACUCCUUCAUCCCGGGACAGCAGCCCCUGGGCAGCUCUGAGCACAUCUACCACACCAAGCAGCAGCAGCAGCUGCAGCUACAACAGCAACAGCAGCAACUACAGGUACAGCAGCAGCAACAGCAGCUACAGAAACAACAGCAGUUACAGCUACAGCUACAACAGCAGCAGCUACAACAGCAGCAGUACCAGCAGCAGCAGACUGCGCAGCCUCCUGCGUACGUGCAGACGCAGACGCAGCACCUGCAGCUCCAGCAGCAGCUGCAGCCCCAGCCCCAGCAGCACGUCCUCUACAGCCCGACCGGAGGUACGGGCGUGGCCCCGGGCCCCGCCAGCGGCCCCCCGACCCCCGAGGAUCCCGAGCCGUCGGGCGGAGGGGACAUGCUGACCAUGAUCCGCCGAGGGGUGAAGCUGCGCAGGACUCUGACCAACGACCGCUCCGCGCCCCUCAUCACCCCCAACCAUCUCGACUGAGCCCCGUGGCUCACCCCCCCCUUUUACACCCAGGUCUCUCAGUCCCCCUCCCACCCCCCCCUUGCUUUUCGGAGCAUCUCUCAGUCCGUAUACAUGCUUAUGCCUUUUUUCACAAAAAGACGACCCAGACCAUAUUUCCAGCAUCACUGUGCCGAUGUGAUCGACCGUGCUUCAACACCGCUCCGCAUCGCUUGCAGAAACAGUGCCCCCGUUACGCAGCCCGCUGAGUAAAAUCGCAGUUCAGUGGACGUGCUGUUGGCUAUAUCGAGCGCGGGACCUUUAAGCUAAGAUAUGUUUAUAUUGUUGUCGCAGAAGUAAAAAAAAAAAAAAUGCCUUGCUUUACUUAGCACAUAGUCUUAAUAUUACCUAUGGUAAAUUCUUUGGUCAAAGCAAAUAUAAAAAGACAUUUGUAUAUAUUAGCAUAAUUUUCGGAAAACUUUAUUGUAUUUUGUUUUAUUAGAUUACAUUAGCACUGGCAUCUUUUUUGUGUUCAGAAGAGUUGGGUGUCUAUUUUUUUAAAGGACUACCGCAGAGUAAUGUACGGUUGGGAAGAGUGCUGUUUCUGCCUCCCUCCUGGGUCAGCUUGAUGUGGUAUAGCCGGCAGAGAUUUCACUGGGAGUGCUGGGAAAUGGCUGUUGUAACAGAAUCUGUCCGGGUGAAACGAGCAGAAGAUGUGAGGAGUGGAAAUGUGUGACUUUUGGGUCCAGCAGAACUGCUAUCUGGUUACAGCCCAAAGCUUCUGCCAAGGUUGGUUCUCUUGGUAGGCUUGCCUUUUUUUUCCCCCCCUUUCUCUCAUCAAUCCUUAGCAUGAACUGUCACUGUCAUCUCUAGCUCGCAGUCUGGCCACACUAGUGCCCCUUUACAGGGUCAUGCACUCUGCAGCUGAUGGCAGCCUAACAUUGCGUCUUCAUAACGGCGGUAUCCUGCACUGGUGAAGAUGCCGGGCUAGCAAGGCCUUAGCCGUAGCCUUGGCUGCGUGGGAGUGCUUCUCUGCAGAGUGGAACUGCAGCACCGCUGGCUACUUACUGACACAAUAGCACCAUUGUGUGGGGAAGCUGUCCGAUAGCACUGUUUUUCCUGCCGAUACCCGGACGCCUGCACAUGUGCGAUUGACCCCACGCUCCGGCUCCGCUCCCCAGGCCUCUGCUUUAAGCGGUGACACAUCACAUUCCUCCUGUUCAAACAGGAAGGCAGGUAAAUUCACUAGCCGUUCCUUUUGUUCUCACAGAGAAAUCGGUCCUUUUAUCUGGAAUCUAUUCAGAAGUAAAAGCCAAAUGGUGCUGUUGUGGCCACAAAAAAGCAACAUCUUGGUGAAAAAUGUCAAAUGUUCCCAGUUUUUUCAGAUUUCCAAAGUGUUUUUUUUCCCAAAGGAGUGGGCGUAUUUAUUUUUGUUGCAGGUUGAAUGUUUCAGUUAUGAGUGUGCGUUAUCACACUUGCUGUUCAUACAGUUUUCAGUUUCAGGUUUAUUGCUAUAUGUUUCCUCAUGACAACUUCCUGAUUUAACUUCUCAAAAAAAAAAAAAAAAAUCUGAAAGCCUUGCUUCUCCAUUGCCAUUACUCAUACAUGGUCCUACGUGAACGGGUGGAAAAAAAAGGAUCCUGCCAAAACCACAGAACAUGCUCAAGAGUAACAGCUAAGUACUGAGUAGUGGGAUAAGGAGACGUUGUACAGAUGCAAAAAGACAUUUAUUCUACAGCUGGGUGGAUGGUAUUGUAAAACCUGAAACUGGAUAGAACUGAUCCUGUUGAGAAGCACGCUGUUGGUGGCAGUAAUGUUUCAAGAACAAGGAGAGUCAGGUAGAUUCCCAUGAACACCUCUCAAAACCGGUGUUGAGAAUAUAAGAUCAAUAUAAGAUAAGAUCAGAAUAUGAAUGAUAUGAAUGAUACGGUUUUUAUUUUCUCUUAAAUUAAACAUGUACAAAAUGCUGUUUUUUUUGCUGUUUUAAUGAAAUAUGAGACACGUAGCUUUUUGAGGACCUUUCCUUUCAAGUAAAUAAAAAUAAUUUAAUCUGAUGAUUGCUGUUAUUUGUAAAGCGUUGCCCACGGUCUUGUAAUCUGCAUUGCUACUGGAGGUAUUUCAUGGCGAAUUGCCUUAAUUGUUUGUGUGGACCCAGAAUCAGAAGAGGUUAGUGAGUCAGGAUCUUCCUCGUUCCCUCCCAGUAAAGCGGGGGCGCGGCAUACGGGACGUUCUGUCUCAGUGUUUCUUGCGUUCAGGUUCAUUUUUAGGCUGCGACCCCCCUGUUUGUUGGCUGCCGGGUGUCUGAGGGAAGCUUGGGCGGAAAUCCGACUUGCGGUCGCUCCUCUGCGCUCUUCCUCUUGCUGACUCUGCACAUUCAGAUGGGGGGGGGGACAUGCUUUCGGGUCACUACAGCGUCCCCUCGAGUAAAGAGAGAGGGACAAAGCGCUCCCGUGAGUGCGGCGCGGGAGGAGAGGGGUGUCACCCGGUGCCACCGAGCGCGUGUAAGAACCGCGGGGUGCUCCGACGGGGCAGUGAUCCCCCCCACCCCCCUGCGUGUGGUGCGCCUCCCUCUCGGGAUGUUUCAGUGGCAGGAAGCAGGCGCCUGGCUCCCUGUCUGAAGCA